AUGCCUUGUCCAGAGGGGCUUUCCCAACGAGAGGUAAUUGCACUGGACAACGAUAAGGCUGAAGAUACCCAGAGGAGCUUUCCCAACGAGAGCUACUUGCACUGGGGACUGGGAGACUUAAUUCCAGAGGGGCUUUCCCAACGAGAACUGCUGCCGAAUGAUCCAAAAGCUAGAAGAUUAUUCGUCACUUCCGGUGGUUUGAAGAAAACCCAACAACUAGACGCCAAACCUGGAACCGCGCUUAUGGAAUACAUAACCGUUAUAAAUUCGUGCUUUCCGGAAGAAAUCGUUAGAUUUUAUUCGCCUGGUUAUCCUGAUAGUCUUUUGGAAAAAGUAGAACAAUAUGCCCCGCAACUGAUGACAGUUCUAAGAGAAACCAGUCAAACGCACGAGGAAAUACAAACUGAUUCUAAACCACUCGCCAGGAACGAAGAGGAAGAUAUCGUCAGUGCCGAAUCAGAGUUAGCUGAAAAUGUGGCAGAAAAAUUGAUAUCGUGAUUUUAACUGAUUUUAUUUAUUAUUUUUCUUUACACCUAUUAUUUUUAAAUUACAUAUACAAAUAAAAAAUCUUGGUCAUCUUUUAAUUUUAGGUAAAAUAUCACCACAUUUGGCCUCAAUUUUCAAAACCCCUAGAUUGUCUGCUCUUGUAGGUCCUAUAUUCAAUAUACAUAUAUUUUUACUUUCUUCUAUUGCUUGCAAAAUUAUUCGAUAUCCUGAGAAAACCGAAAGACUAGAGCCUAAAACUAAAACGCUGUCACUAUCAGUAACUUUUUCCUUAAUAAGUUCUACCCGAUAUUUAGGAACAUUGUCACCAAAAAAUGUUAUGUCAGGCUUCAAUAUACCAUUACAAGAUUCGCAUGCAGGGGUUUGAAAACUCUUGACAACAUCAAGUGGUAUAUCAACAUCUCCGUCUGGCCUAAUCAUUUUUGAAGUAUCGUCAAAAUUUAUAUUAUUAGUUUUCAUCAGUUUCUCCUGAAUAUAGGAACGAUCAUAGACUGCGUCACAAUUUAGACAUAAUACUCUACAAUAGAGUCGUAUUAUAUGGUAUGAAAUUUAGCUUAAAGAUUCAUACCUAUAACCUGUCCCAUGUAACUCUAUAACCUUCUUACUGCCAGCUUUGAAAUGUAAAUUAUCCACAUUUUGUGUAACCACGCAAUGGACAAUUUUAUCUUCUAUUUCUAAGUCUCUUACAAAGUAAUGUAUACUAUUUGGCUGCCUUUGAGAAAACCUACAAAAUUCCUUGCCCAGUAUCUUUGUCUAGCAGCUGCUGAUUUUAUAAAUUCUAUAUGCUGGAUUGGUCUGUGAUUGGUCCUUGCAUAUAGACCUACUCCUUCCGAACGAUAAUCAGGGAUACCUGAUGAUAUUCAAGUAAGGCCUGAGUUAUCCAAUUCCUUAAUUCUUCAUAUUUGUCCUUAAUUCUUAAAAAGUUCAAUUUAUUUAACAUUGGUGUUUUUAAAGAUUAAGAAUUAAGAACAAAAAUUAAGAAUUAAGGAAUUG